ACUCUGCGUGUUGCAACUCAUCAAUCAUUAUCUAAAACACGAAAUCACGCAGCCGCCGUCCCACUUCCUGUUUCCCUGCGUCCCUCGCCGUCUCCGCUGCUGCUUAUCCUCAGUAACGUCGCCGCUGCUCCUCCUCAGUCACGUGGUGUCUCGCUGCUGCAGCUCUUCUAUUGUAGUCGCUGCUGCAGCUCUUCUAUUGUAGUCUCUGCUGCCCCUCCACCAUCGCCGUUGCUUCUGUCUCCACGGUCCCGACUCUGUAAUUCAGUUCAGCUGGGAAGAGUAUAGGAGAAAGAAAAAUGCCUCUUUAUGAUUGCAUGCUUCUGUUGAAGCCUCAUAUAAGAAAGGAAGCAAUGGCGGACUUGGUAGCUCGAGUGGGAAAACAUGUUUACAGUAGGAAUGGUGUUCUUACUGAAAUAAAAUCAUUUGGUACCAUUCAACUGGGUUACGGUAUUAAGAAGCUUGAUGGAAGAUAUUAUCAGGGCCAACUGAUGCAGAUGACAAUGAUGGCCACACCUAACAUCAACAAGGAGCUGCAUUACCUAAACAAGGAGGACCGCCUGCUGCGAUGGCUUCUUGUUAAGCACCGAGACACAAAUUAUGGGCUGGAAUAUGCUAUAAGAGAUGAUGAAUCCAGCAAAUACAAUAGAAAUUUUCAAUCCGAAACUGAAGACGACGAGGAUGAUGAUGAUGAUGAAUAUGAUGACGACAUUGAGGAUGAGGGUGAAUCCAAUGUGAACCAAGAGAAGCAGGAGGAGCAAUGAGUAAAACAUGGAGUUGAAAAUUUUAGAUCACCUUUAUGUGAGGGCCUUUGUUAACAUUUUGACAGGAUUUGCUGUUUUAUGGUCUGAUGAACCCUUCAUGCAGGUGGAGUGAUGAAACCAUAUUUUGGUGAAUUAAGUGGACUAGGUCUGUGAAUUAUGGUGCUAUUGAUGUGCUGACACUCGGCCUUUGGCUAAUUGAUAAAGAUGGUCUCAUUAGAUUGCUUGA